GCCCCACCUCCAACUACCCGUGAGACCGGGGGCCGGAAGUGACGCAGGCACGUCCGGGACACGUGAGUAGGCGCGGGGAUUGCGAACGCCGCGGAGGCCUGCUGGUUCGAGCAUGCCCAAGAUCGUGCUGAAUGGCAUCACGGUGGACUUCCCGUUCCAGCCGUACGCGUGCCAGGAGGCGUACAUGUCCCGGGUGCUCGAGUGCCUGCAGAAGAAGGUGAACGGCAUUUUGGAGAGCCCCACAGGUACAGGGAAGACAUUGUGUCUCCUGUGCUCUACACUAGCUUGGCGGGAGCAUUUUAAGGAUACUGUCUCAGCACGGAAAAUUGCACAGCGCAUGAAUGGAGUGGAGCUCUUUCCUGAUAGACCCAUGGCGUCCUGGGGCAGUGCUGCCACAGAUGCUGAUAUCCCAGCUUAUUACACCGAUGUCCCUAAAAUAAUUUAUGCCUCCAGAACCCAUUCGCAGCUUGCACAGGUCAUUAGUGAAUUAAAGAAUACAGUCUACAGGCCAAAGGUAUGUGUGUUGGGCUCCAGAGAGCAGCUUUGUAUCAACCCUGAAGUUAAGAAGCAGGAGAGUAAUCAUAUGCAGAUCUACAUGUGCCGAAUGAAGGUGACGUCCCGCUCUUGCCAUUUUUACAACAAUGUGGAAGAAAAGAGUACAGAGAAGGAACUGACAGACUCCAUCAUGGAUAUCGAGGACUUGGUUAAAAAAGGAAACAAGCACAGAGCUUGCCCUUAUUACUUAUCUCGGAGCCUGAAGCAGCAAGCUGAUAUUAUAUUUAUGCCGUACAACUACUUAUUGGAGUCAAAGAGCCGGAGAUCACACAAUUUAGAUCUCAGGGGGACUGUGGUAAUACUGGAUGAAGCUCACAAUGUGGAGAAGUUGUGUGAAGAAUCAUCUUCAUUUGACUUGACUCCCUAUGACCUGGCUUCAGCUAUGGAUGUUAUAAAUGUAGUACUGGAAGAACAAGCUAAAGUAGUUCAACAGAAUGAAAUCAAUGCUGAAUUCAAUAUGGAGGUGACCAGCUCAGGUUUGGGCAUGGAGCUUGAAGAUAUAGCAAAGAUAAAGAAGAUUCUUCUCCAGCUGGAAAAUGCUAUCGAUUCUGUGGAGCUGCCAGGCAACGAAAAGGGUGUCACUAAGGAAGGGAGCUACAUCUUUGAUCUGUUUGCAGAGGCCCAGAUUACUUUCCAGACAAAAUCGUCUCUCAUGGAGUCACUGGAACAGAUUUUACAGUUUCUGUCAGGCCGUACUGGGAUAUUUAUCAACACAUCUGGAUUACAUAAACUUUCAGACAUUAUCCAGACUGUAUUUAGCACUGAUCCUCCGGAAGGCACAUCAAGCACCAAGCCAGUUCAGUCUGUAUCAAAAUAUUAUAAGGUGCACAUUCAUUUGGAUACCAGCAAUCAGAGAAAGAAGCAGAGGACAGACCUAUGGAGUUCAUCCAUUACAAAAAAGCAAGGGAAGAUCUUGAGCUAUUGGUGUUUCAGCCCUGGGUACAGCAUGCAUGAGCUGGCUCGUCAGGGAGUCCGGACAAUUAUCCUCACUAGCGGGACUCUCUCCCCACUCUCCUCCUUCACAAUGGAAAUGCAGAUACCUUUCCCUGUUUGUCUGGAGAAUCCUCAUGUCAUCGAUAAACACCAGAUCUGGGUGGGCAUCAUUCCAAAGGGACCAGAUGGAGCUGUGCUCUCCUCUUCCUAUGACAAAAGGUUUUCUGAGGAAUAUUUAUCUUCUCUGGGGAAAACUAUAGGUAAUCUUGUCCGAGUUAUACCAGAUGGGCUCCUGGUUUUCUUCCCUUCAUAUCCUGUCAUGGAUAAAAGCCUGGUACAUUGGAGAGAACAUGACUUUGCCAGAAGAAUUGAAGAGGUAAAACCGAUGUUUGUGGAACCGAGGAACAAAGGCACCUUCACGGAGGUAAUGGAUGCCUAUUAUGACAAGAUCGUCUGUCCAAAGUCCAGCGGAGCUGCUUUCUUGGCAGUAUGUAGGGGAAAGGCCAGCGAAGGCUUGGACUUUGCAGAUACAAAUGGACGAGGUGUCAUCAUCACUGGACUUCCAUUCCCCCCUCGCAUGGAACCAAGAGUUGUUUUAAAGAUGGACUUCCUAGAUGAAAUGAGAAAAAAAAGUGGAGGUGCACAGUUUCUGUCUGGGCGCGAAUGGUACAGCCAGCAAGCUUCUCGGGCUGUGAAUCAGGCCAUCGGCAGGGUCAUCAGGCACCGCCAUGAUUAUGGUGCCAUAUUCCUCUGCGACAACAGGUUCUUAAACAGUGACGUCAGAGGCAGGCUGCCUUCCUGGGUCCGCCCUUAUGUCAAGGUGUAUGACAACUUUGGACACGCAGUCCGAGAUGUCUCCCAGUUCUUUCGAGUUGCUCAGAAAAUUGUGCCUCCACUGCCAACCCGGAACUCCUCUUGUGCUAGUACUAUCUGUGAAGGGGACCCAACAUCAUCUGCUUCAGCUGAGCUUAGCCUCCCUCUGAAAAAAGCCAGGAAUUUGGAUGUUCACGUUCCUAGUUUAAAGAGAAAAAGAAGAGAUUUGUCAGCAAGUGGGGAUGGAGCAGCCAGCCUGUGCGUGGAGUAUGAGCAAGGGUCUGUCGCCUCCAGGAGGCAGCAAGUUGGGCUUCUGGAUGCGUUGGAACACAGUGAGAAGAUCAGUGAAGGGGCAGAGGAGGAAGAUGGCUUGUCAGGGGAGGAAAAGGCAAAACGUCUGUCGACACUCUCUCUUCAGUAUGAGAAGAGAUUAGUAGAUGAACAGAAAGGAGGAAAGAAGAAAAUAAAGAUAGUCAGCAAUCUGCAAGCUGGAAAGAUGACAGAUCCAACUGAGCCAAAGAAGAUCAGAGCUACAUCGUUCAUUGCAACAGUGAAGGAAUCACUAAGCCAGCUAAACUAUGAUGUCUUCUCAGAGGCUUUGAAGCAGUAUAAAAUGACUGAUGACUUCAGCGCCAUGUUAUCUCAGAUGAGUGGUGUCUUUUUGGAAGACCAGAGAAAGCAUAUCCUGUUGCGAGAAUUUUACCAGUUUGUCCGACCUCAUCACAAAAAGCAGUUUGACGAAGCCUGCCGUAGCCUGACUGGAGAAGGUUGUGGCUACAAACCCGAGCACAGCCUCCAGCGAGGGGAGAGAGAGAUGAUGGCCAAGGAAGCAGAGGGAAAACAGUGCCAGGAGAAAACAACAUGCUCAGAGGGUUCAUCCAGCCAGCUCAACUCUGAGCUGCACUUGAACAAAGGAGGAUCCCACUUGACUUCUGGGCUGAACAGCACAAAUACACUUUCCCGAGCAAUUGCAGGAGAAAAUCACACCCGUGCCCAAAGUGAGGUGGCUGGAAAGGAGUCAGGCUCUCUGCAGGAGAACCGCCACCAGCUUCUCAAAGCCACGUACCUCAGUGAUGUGAAAAAGUCUUUGGACAGAAACAAUUACAGCAGCUUCCUUGACGCAUUGUGCACGUACAAAAAGACGGACAACUACGAUGCCAUGGUGGCAGUGAUAGCUGCCGUCACCACUGAAAAGCCAGAGCUCUUCCACCUCUUGCAAAGGUUCCACAUAUUUAUACGGCCCCAUCACAAAGAGCAAUUCAGGCAGUUGUGUAGAGAUCUGACUGGAACAAGCUGUGGUGAAGGAGAGAAGAAACUGCAGCAGCAAGGGGCAAGGAGCCCUCUGGACUUGGCGAGCGCGAGUGCCAAAGCAGAAAACGGUGGAACUGAGAUGGAAGCAGCCAGCUGCCCCCCAGCUGCUUCCAAGAGGGAGAUGCCCAGAAAAACCCAGAGCAAGAUUUCCUCCUUCUGCUGCAACCAGAACAGCAAAGCUGGAUCACAUAAAGCAGAGCUGUUGAAAGGAACCAGUGACAUAAGAGUAUCUACCAGCUCAGACACUUGGCAUACAUUGUCCCAUGAUACGGAGCCAUAGUGGGAUUGCAAAGUGCCCACUGUGCCGUGCUGGUACUAAGAGGAAGCAUCUAUCCCAUAUGGUCUUCAGGUCAUAAUGCCACAGGCAACGGAGGCAUCAUGUUGGAGCUGGCUACAGGGCCAGCAGGAAAGGAUAUUGGAUUCUCUUUUCAGGUGGAAACAAAGCAAAGUGCAGGGUCACUUAAGUACCCUGGGUCACCACCUCUGGAUUGCCUGCGGUGCUUUGUAGCCUCGUCCACUCUUUUAAAAACUCAACGGUCCUGAGAAAUCUCUCUUCUCCCUUGUGAACUGGCAGGAAAGGAUAGAAGCAGCCUUGUCCUCAAUUACAAUAAAAGGGGGGUUUCAUUUCAUAUUUGUUCUAGAUCACCUUACUCUUCUGUAGUUUCCACUUGAGGUUUGGUGCCUUGAAUGUUGUUCUUGGCAACUGCCUCCUCCCAGGUGCUACCAGAUCCUGGAAAAUCUUCAGCAGUAGUACCUGCACCGAGGAGACUAGGUUGGGCACAUGUGCCACCCCGUGGCUCCAUGCCAGAAUAGGUAUUCCUAGAAAAGAUGAUUCGCUUUCCUUUGGUGCCCAACAAACCACUGUCUGUUUGUAUAACAUACCUCAGUGGCUGUGCAGAUGGGUGGAUGGACUUACUCAUGGCUUCCUGCCUCUGCUCCAAAGCCUCUAUCAUGUGGUUGUGUAAACACUGCUUCUUGGGCACUCACAUCCUUCUGUUGGUUCUGUACAGUCUGAUGCUUGGAGUUUCAGAUGGAGAGAAUGCAACUACUGUUCCGCUUCUGUCCAGCGAGCUGAUUUUAAUCUUGGCAAAAGAGACUUUUUGCCAUUUUCACUCUCUGGGAGCUGUUGCAUCCAUUUCAACUAACUUAAAUGGUGCCAGUUUUAAAAUGUUAGUGGAUAUUAUAAAAUCAAUAAAGCUAGUUUUUAUAU